CACUGCAAGAAAAACAUUCUCUAACAGGAUGGAGCCCUCAGAAAGUACUCCACAGUCCCACAGAAAGGGGCUGUUUGCUGGCAUAAAGCUGAAGAAGAAGAAAAAAGGCGAGAAGGGGUUAAUUAUUGAAAACAAAGGUGCAGCGGGUGAGCACGAUGAAAGUGACGGUCUUCACCAUGAGAUGUCUGGAGGACAAGAAGCGGGAGAGGGUGAUUUCACGUAUGAUGACACUGCAUCUUACAGUGGCUUUGCACCUGCAGGGCCGCAAAGGAAAAGAGCAAAACUGGUGUCCAAAAUUCAAGAUGGCGAAAUAAAAUCCCAGAAUUAUCAGAUCGCAAUAACAAUCAUUGAAGCCCGGCAAUUAGUUGGUGAGAAUAUUGAUCCAGUGGUGAUCAUAGAGAUUGGAGAUGAAAAGAAGCAAACGACAGUCAAAGAAGGCACAAAUGCCCCAUUUUACAAUGAAUAUUUUGUGUUUGACUUCAUUGGACCUCAAAUGCAUUUGUUUGACAAAAUUAUCAAAAUCUCUGUUAUGCACAACAAGCUGAUCGGGAGCUUAUUGAUUGGCUCCUUCAAAGUAGAUUUGGGGACAGUGUAUAAUCAGCCAGGUCAUCAGUUUUGUGACAAGUGGGCACUUCUCACAGACCCUGCUGACAUUAGGACGGGAGCCAAGGGAUACCUGAAGUGUGAUAUCAGUGUUGCUGGGAAAGGAGACACCAUACAAGCCAUUCAGAAAGCAAGUGAUGCUGAAGAGCAAAUUGAAAAGAACCUCUUGAUCCCCAAAGGAUUUCCAUCUGAAAGACCAUGGGCCAGAUUUUAUGUGAGAAUCUAUAAAGCAGAGGGGCUUCCAAAGAUGAACUCCAGCAUCAUGGCUAAUGUCACCAAAGCAUUCAUGGGCGACAGUAAGGACCUUGUGGAUCCGUAUGUGGUGGUCAUGUUUGCAGGUCAAAUGGGACGAACAACAGUGCAAAAAAACUGUGCUGAUCCUGUGUGGCAUGAACAGAUUGUCUUCAAGGAAAUGUUUCCCCCGCUGUGUCGAAGAGUCAAAAUCCAGGUGUGGGAUGAAGGCAGCAUGAAUGAUGUGGCCUUAGCCACACACUUCAUAGACCUGAAAAAAAUCUCAAAUGAACAAGAUGGAGAUAAAGGGUUCUUGCCUACCUUUGGACCAGCUUGGAUCAAUCUCUAUGGCUCACCUAGGAACCACUCCCUAAUGGACGACCACCAGGAGCUCAAUGAAGGUUUUGGGGAAGGCGUCUCCUUUAGAGGUCGCCUCCUAAUUGAAAUUGCAGUGGAGAUACUUUCAGGGGGAGCGCAAGAGUCUAAAUUUUCAAAGAUCAUCAAAGACAUAAAGUUACCUUCCAAAGAUAAAGACUCCAAAGCAUCUAAAGGAAAAGAGAAAACAGACAAAGCAGAGGAUGGGAAAUCAUCUUCUCCUUCAGACAAGGCAAACUCCACCGAGGCGGAAGUUGAGCCCUUCGAUGUGCCUGCUGAGAUCCACAAAGAGGACUCUGAGGAAUUCCUUCUCUUUGGGGCAUUUUUUGAAGCCACGAUGAUUGACAGGAAGGUUGGAGAUAAACCAAUAAGCUUUGAGGUUUCUGUUGGUAACUUUGGAAAUGUUAUUGAUGGAGUGUCACCAGAAGCUGGUAGUAAAAAGAAGGGACAUGAGGGAGAAGUGGAAGAAAGUGCCCCAUUACUGCACGAAGGGGAGGGUGAAGCAUCACGUGACGUUCCAGUACCAAUGAUAUCCACCACCCACCCUGAGAAGCCACUCCUCACAGAAGGAAAUCGGAACUAUCACUACUUGCCGUACGAUGAGAAGAAGCCCUGUGUCUAUAUAAAGAGCUUCUGGGGAGAUCAGACCUUCCGACUCUACUUGUCCAAUGUCCUAGAGAAAAUGGCAGAUCUGUUGGAAGAAGGAUUAGAGGAAGUAAAAGAUUUGAUCAAGGUUUCAAAGACUGCAUCAGAAGAGAAAAUGAACAACAUUCUAUAUGCCUUUAUCAGUCAAUGCAGAACCUUCAUCGCUAAUGCCGAAAAGAAGCCCCAAGGGAUGAACCAGACUGCUUUGGACAAAAAAAGACUCAUGAUGUGCAGGCAAGAACUGGAAGCAAUGUCCUCUGAUGCCAAUGGAAUUGUUCAGCAACAGAAAAAAAAGAUGUCAGUAGAUGAACUGAUGCGCGAAACACAGAACUUUGUAGAAAAAAUUCGAUUCUUGGUUGAUGAGCCGCAGCAUACCGUGCCUGAUGUGUUCAUCUGGAUGCUCAGCAACAACAAAAGAGUUGCAUAUGCAAGAAUCCCAGCAAAAGAUGUGUUCUAUUCCCCAGUGAAUGAACAGAGAGGCAAAGACUGUGCGAAAAUUAAAACCCAUUUCCUGAAAUUACCAGGAAAACGCCUGCCGGGUUGGAAUGUACAUGCAAAAGUAGACACCUAUCUGUGGCUUGGUUCCAUCAAGUAUUCCCAUAACAUUAUGGAGAACUUACCUAUAGGACAUGAGACUGAAGUGCCCUCCACAGCUGGAACAGGGCAUCAUGCUGCUCCUUCACCUGCCAAUCUGGUGUACAAAACUCAGCACUUUUUCCAGUUAAGAGCCCACAUGUAUCAGGCCAGGGGGCUGAUUGCAGCAGACAGCUCUGGACUUUCUGAUCCCUUUGCCAAAGUAACGUUUGUUUCGCACUGCCAGACCACCAAGAUCAUUUCUCAGACGUUAUCCCCUACGUGGAAUCAGAUGCUGCUGUUCAAUAACAUUGUGCUCCAUGGUGAAGGGAAGGAAAUUGCUGAAUUCCCACCAGUGAUUGUCAUAGAGCUGUUUGAUGACGAUGCAGUGGGUAAAUCAGACUAUAUUGGCUCAACAGUAGCUGCCCCUGUGGUAAGACUCGCCGAUCAGAAAUACGAGCCACCUAAACUGUCUUAUCACCCAGUGCAUUGUGGAAAUCUGUCUGGAGGAGACCUUCUUGCUGCAUUCGAGCUGCUGCAGAUUCCAGAUUCUGGUCCAGAGAGCCUUCCACCAAUGGAUCCACCUGACGUAAGCCAGAUCUACCCAGUUCCAGCCAACAUCCGGCCUGUUUUAAGCAAAUACAGAGUGGAGGUUCUGUUCUGGGGCGUUCGUGAGCUGAAGAAAGUCCAGCUCCUCUCUGUGGACCGCCCACAGGUUCUCAUAGAAUGCGCAGGGAAAGGAGUUAAAUCUUCCGUCAUCCAGAGCGUCAAGAACAAUCCCAACUUCAGUGUCCAAGCAGACAGGUUUGAAGUGGAACUGCCUGAAAAUGAGCUUUUGCACCCACCACUCAGUAUCUGUGUGGUUGACUGGAGAGCUUUUGGUCGUAGUACUCUUGUUGGCACACACACCAUCAAUUGCCUUAAGCAAUAUUUAUAUAAACCCAAGGAGCUUCCUGCACCUACAGCAAAAGUGGAUGUUAUAGAAACCGACAAAGCUGCUCCGGAGUCACCACAGCUGCCUGCAUCACCCCAACCACAACCAUAUCCAGCAGAUCACAUUUAUGUUGAUGUGGAGCACGGUUCAGCUGCAGUAGUAAUGCAAGAACCAGUUCCAGCAAAAUCUUCUGCUGCAGCAGCUGUACCUGCUUCUUCACUGCCAUCUGCACUUAAAUCUACAGCCCCAUCCUCUGAAUCGGCAAAAGAUAGAAAGCAGAAGGUAUCAAGAAAAUCCACCCGACGAUCCACAAAAAGAAAAAAGAGAACAAUAGCAGAUGAAUCUGCUGAAAAUGUUAUUGAUUGGUGGUCAAAGUACGAUGCUUCUGCGGAAAAAAUGAAAAAGGUAAAAUCAAUCUAUCCCAACGAGGGGAAACCAGGCAACACUAAGUCGACAUCUGGCCACAUAGCAUUAAGCAUUGAAGAUGAGCCAGACAAAAAGAAGCCAAAAAAGUUGUUCAAAGAGGACAAAAAGGCAGAAGACCCAAAUCUAGCAACUUUGAAGAUCUAUGAUGGAGACCUGGAGAGUGAAUUUAAUAACUUUGAAGACUGGGUGAAAACCUUUGAACUCUUCAGAGGCAAAGCCACCGAUGAAGAUCACAGUGUCUAUGCGGACAGAAUAAUAGGAAAAUUUAAGGGCUCUUUCUGCAUAUACAAAAGUCCUGAAGAUUCCAGCUCAAUGGAUGGAGGACAGCCUAAAAUUCUGCAAGGGAUACCACCGAAUAACUCAGUCGAAGUCCUGGUUAGGGUGUAUAUUGUGAGAGCAUAUAAUCUUAGCCCAGCUGAUCCAGAUGGCAUGUCAGAUCCCUAUAUCGUGCUCAGACUAGGCAAAACUGAAAUUAAAGACCAGGCCAAUUACAUCCCCAAACAACUAAACCCAGUUUUUGGAAGAUCAUUUGAAAUUCAGGCUACUUUCCCUAAGGAAUCUGUGCUCUCCAUCCUGAUCUAUGACCACGAUAUGGUUGGAGCAGAUGACCUCAUUGGAGAAACUACAAUUGAUUUGGAAAAUCGUUUCUACAGCAGGCACCGAGCUACCUGUGGUCUGCAAAGUCAAUAUGAAAAAGAAGGGUACAAUGCCUGGCGAGAUGCAAUUCAGCCGACUGAGAUCCUCAACAAGCUAUGCAAGGACAACAAACUGCCUGGGCCCUACAAGCGACCUGGGCAGAUACAAGUAGGAACCAAAGUAUUCACUGGGAAGACAAUCUUUAAUGAAGACGAGAAUGAAGAGCCUGUUGAAUCCUAUGAACAACUUGCCCUAAAGGUUUUACGUUCCUGGGAUGAAAUCCCAGGGGUUGGAUGUAAGCUGGUUCCAGAACACAUUGAGACCCGGCCUCUCUAUCACAAGGAUAAACCAGGCAUGGAACAGGGUCGUGUGCAGAUGUGGGUGGACAUGUUUCCUAAAGAUAUGCCUCCGCCGGGACCACCUGUUGAUAUUUCACCAAGGAAACCCAAAGGUUAUGAAUUGAGAGUAAUCAUCUGGAAUACGGAAGAUGUAAUUUUAGAGGAUGAGAAUAUCUUCACAGGACAAAAAUCAAGUGACAUCUAUGUAAAAGGGUGGUUAAAGGGACUGGAAGAUGACAAACAGGAGACAGAUGUGCAUUACAACUCCUUGACUGGAGAAGGGAACUUCAACUGGCGCUUUGUGUUUCCAUUCCACUACCUCCCAGCUGAGAAACAAAUGGUGGUCAGUAAGAAAGAAAAUAUAUUUUCCUUGGAAAAGACAGAACGCAAAAUGCCAGCAGUGCUGGUGCUCCAGGUUUGGGACUUUGAAAGACUUUCUUCUGAUGAUUUCUUGGGCUCCCUUGAAAUGAAACUGAAUGAAUUUCCUCGAGCAGCCAAGUCUGCCAAGAGUUGUGACAUAGGCAUGGUAAUAGCAACAAGUAAAGAAAACAAGAUAUCCAUAUUUCAGCAAAAGCGUGUCAGAGGAUGGUGGCCUUUCAUCAAAGCUGGGGAGCUCACUGGCAAAGUGGAAGCUGAAUUCCAUUUAGUCACUGCAGAGGAAGCUGAGAAGAGUCCGGUAGGGAAAGCUCGGAAGGAACCUGAGCCUUUGGAGAAACCCAACCGCCCAGACACUUCCUUCUCCUGGUUUGUAAAUCCUUUCAAGUGUUUGUAUCACCUCAUCUGGAGAAAUUACAAGAAGUACAUCAUCAUUGCGCUGAUUCUGAUUAUUCUGAUGAUCUUCUUGGUGCUUUUCAUUUACACUUUGCCUGGUGCAAUCAGUCGUAAGAUUGUUGUAGGAUCUUAGACAAUUACACCUCUCCUUGUAGCUAAUCAUACACAAGUACUGCAGUUAAAAAUAAAAAUUUGACUUCACAAUUAAUGAACCUGAAACAUAUUCUGCCAAUUAUAAAAAUAGACAUAACCAUUCAUUCCAGGAAAAUGAAACUGACUCAAAAUAUUUUAACACUCUACUCCUUUGGCUGCUUAUUCAGAAGCAACCAUGAUGUGCAUUAUCAUUAAGGAACUGCCAGAACUUUAUUAAAUAUUUUAAAGUUUGAUUCUGUGUCCGUUAUUAAAUGUGAAAAUACAUUCUUUGAUAUUGCACAAAAACUGUGUUAUAAAUAGUAAAUAUUAAUUAAUAUUAUAUCUAAAUUACCAAAUAUUGAGAGAGAAAUGUUAUCCAUAAACAUGAGAACUAGGAAGUACGCCCUGCGUGUUCUUUGCAUAAUGUUGUAACUGAUGAUUUUAAUGUUUUUUCAUGAUUGUAUAUUGAUGUACAUGAUUUUUUAAAGAUAGUUUGUUCAUGCAGAUCAAAGGUGAAAUUCUCUCCUUUGUUGUCAUAUACACAUUUUUAAGUAUCUAAAAUAAUUGUAUUAUGCUCCAAAAAUCUCAAGAUAUUGCCCUCACGUAAAUAACCAAAGCGGGAGAGAGGAAUGAGGAGGUAUAGGAAAAGGAGAAAAAAAAUCUAUUUUCAGAUGUGGUUUGAAAACUGAUGGAGAGUUAGUGAAGGAGAGAGAUGCAGGAAAGAGUGUCCACUAGAGAGAAAGGGCUCUUGCAUAAGUAGUGGGAACAUUGUAUUGAGAAGAGGAUUUGCUCUAUCUGCCAGAUGAACAGAGAGAAUGAGAAAGGAAACAAAGAGAAGGUGCAGGCUGGGGGAUUUAAAAAACAAGGGGUAAAAUCCUGGCCGCACUGAAGUCCCAGUCCAAAACACAGAACAUUUAAUACAUUUUCAUACAGGAGGUCAGACUAGAAUGGUCUAAUGUUCCCUUCUUGCCUUUAAUCCAUGAAUAUAAAUAAUUAACAGCCAUAAAAAUCCCCAUGGGCUGAUAGUUGGUUAGGCAGACAUGUAGUAGAUCUGACCUUGCAGAUAAUUCAUUCCACCAUUCUAAAGCCGCAGGAGUAAGAAUUAGAAUGUAAGCUCUCUGGUUAAGGGACUAGCUAUUCCUGUGCGUUCAGGAAAGCACCUAGCAUGUUUUUGGACACUUUAACAUAGUAAUACAAAUGAAUCAUCUGGAUGCAGUGUUGCCACACAGUUGAGAUUGAAUGGGCAAAGAGCCUGAAAUGUGCUCUCCUCUCUUUAAUGUAAGUUGAUCCUUUUAUGUGAGGAUAUGAAGCACAUUAACAAGACAGUGUGGGGAAAGCUUGCAUUGUCACUGCUGGUGCUUGGCCUGUUCUGUGGCCCUACAGAGGACGUUGGUUCUCUGGGGCUGUCCGUCUGGCAGGCACUGAAGUCAUUUUAAAAAAUGAAGAUAAAUCAAACUUCCAAAUAGCAAACGUUUUGCGUGUAAAAGGGAUUAAACUCCAUGAACAUGAUGACAACAAGAUUUAGUAUUUCUUGUGGCUUUCACAUUCUAAGUAUGUUGUAAACAUUAACAAAAUAACUUUAAGUGUGUGAGCAGGACUGUUAAAAUUAAACGUGUGCUUAGGUGCUCUGCUGGACUGGGGCCUUCACGUGGUGUAUUUUACCUUUGUGUUUUUAAUAUGACAAAGAAAUAGAUGGAGUUUGCGUUAGUUAGUCAUUAACAGGAUAAGGAAGUGAUGCUGCCAGGUGCUGCACACCCUCAGUAUCCACUGACCACAAUGGGAGUUGAGGACAUUCUGCAUUGUGUUUAAAAGGCCCUAACCCAGUAUGGUGCAUGCUUGCCUGGCAUUUUUAAUGUAUUCCUCUGACGCUGCUAGUUUUUAUUUUACUGUGUACUUAACUCUGUAUUACACUGAUGGGCAAAUCCUGUUUCUCCUAAUAAGCCUUGCUGUGUCUAUGAACCUUUGAAUUAUGAUGAUUUAA